GGCUGAUGAGUUGGGCGGACCUCUGGCACUGACUUCAGCCAAUUUGAGUGGACAACCGAGUGCUCUGUCAAUCGACGAGUUCCAGAAUCUUUUUCCCCUGUUACAAGCUGUUUUUGACGGUGGAAUCAUUGGGAAAGGAGAGUUUGCAAGAAGAGGCUCGACUGUUGUCGAUUUAAGUGACCCCGGAAAAUACCACAUCGUAAGAGCUGGUGUGGCUGAAGUCAAAACUCUAGAGCUGCUACACAAGCACGGAAUUACUCAAAGAUGAGUAACUCGAAAGAAAACAUUUUGCUGCAACUGUCAGAGUCAGUGAAGGAGGUGCAACUGGAGGCGUCACAGCAAGGGCCGAUUAUAACGCACUGCGAGGCGUCUCAGUCGCUGUGCUUGUCCCUGGAGGCGGUUUUCCUGCACGGCUUGAAAGACAGCUUCUCGGCCAGACUCUUCUCAGCGCCGAGCACCUUCUGGCCAGUGGUUCUGCAGGUUGCGCACAAAGACUCUAUUGCGGCUGUGCAAAGACUGAACCAAAUCCGAACGGACGUUGGUCGGUGCCGCGCGUGGUUGCGGCUCUGCCUCUCGGACGGCUCGCUUGCAGGCUAUGUGGGAGUUAUGGACAUUGCCAGGCCUUUGUAUAACAGAAACGCUGUUCUUCGAGACCCUGACGCGCGGGACGUGGCUCACCGUCUGCUCCUCGGACUGCAGCACGUGCAUUUUGAGCUGCCCUCCAACUCGAGUUUGCUGAACGUUUGGUCUACUGCUUCAGAUUCAGUUGUUGCUCACGCGCAGGAUGUCGCCUCUGGCAUUGAACAUGAAGAAGAAGUGGUGGAAAUAAUAGAGCCCGAACCAGAACAGUCUGCUGGCUGGACAGUUCCUAUCGACGAGGAUCAAGCUCUAAAAAUGUUACUAAGUCAACACCAUGAAGUUGAUUGGGAGGAAGAAACAAAAACUCCUGAUGCCGAAGAAGAUGAGAAAGAAGAGAGAGAAGUAGCGAGACCGAUCACAAUUUCCGGACACAGUGGCUGGUCUUCUUCAGACUCUCCAGAACUGCCGAGAGCAAGGAGGGACACGAUCCAGAGCUACGAUGCCAUGCUGGAGAGCUAUAACCUGUUCUCAGGGGCGUGUAUCAGGACUCCAGACGUUGAUGACUUUUUAAAACGCUUCACUAAAGUAGAGGAGCCCAAGGAAAAAGAUGAUUUUGUAGCAAUUCCAUCAGCCCCAGAAUAUAGGCAAAUGCUUAAAUGCCUUCCCAAGCUGGCCAGGGAAGCUGGUUUAGAUGAGCAAGAUUUCAAAUGUUUGGACUGCGGAAUAUCGUUAGGACUGUCAUUUGCUAAAGCAAAAAUGUGUUACUUGACUGGUGGUUUAUUCUGCGAGCACUGUUUUAGUGCAGAAGAAUGGUUGAUUCCGGCGCGCGUGCUGCACAGUUGGGACUUCAAAAAGCGACGCGUCAGUCUAGCAGCUGCAGCGUUCCUGGCUGAAAUCGCCGACCACCCACUAAUAGAUGUUGCAGCCACAAAUCCAACCAUUUAUGAGUGCUGCCCUGACAUGGCCUUACUUCAACAAUUGAGAAUUCAGCUGACGUUUUUGCGAGGAUACCUCUUUACCUGUAGAGAGCCAAUUGCUGCCGAGUUGAAACGGAGAACGGCAGAGUAUCUGUUGGAGCACGUCCAUGUUUAUUCAAUAUCAGAUCUGCAGCAAAUACCGGGCGGAGUUUUGGCAGCGCGCCUCGAAGCGGUCGUCGACUACGCGAAAAACCACGUGAAUUCGUGCUGGCUGUGCAACCAGAAAGGGUUCAUUUGCGAGGUGUGCUCCAAUCCCAAGCCAAUCUUUCCUUUCGACAACACAUUCAAGUGUCCGGAUUGCAAUGCGGUGUUCCAUGUCGGGUGUCUCGACGCUAAGAGGCCGUGUCCUAAGUGCGAGAGGAGGAGGCGAAGAGAUCAGCAGCCAUAGGUGGUCAGUGAAAGUCUACAGUCAUGCCAAAGUGAGUCGAGGAUCAAAGUGCUCUGUACGGGUUUUCCUAAUCUCGGAUUUGCGGUCACAAAGGGAAUUUUAACUUUUUUAGUAAUGGUUUUAGAAUAUUCCCUAAAACUAUCUGCCUCUGGAGUUCACAAUAUUACUGUUGUACUUCAGUCUGUGCUUGUUAUCACAAUUGCAGUUUAAUCAUAAGCUCUCGAUUUGUAUGCAAGACCAUGCUGUUUGAUAGAAAGUGACAAAAUUAAAAGGGAUAUCAGAAGAAAAAGUUAAAUAAAUCACAUGCGCUAUUUUGAGCGUGAUUAAGUAAUUA